AUUUUUAUUUACGUCAUAUUUGGAGGUCUUGUGACGGCGCAACAUUUAAACUUAAUAUAACGCUAAAUCUAAAAAGUGUAGAUAAAUUAAUAAAAAAAUGCAAAACUGUGUCUGGACCUCCUAAUUAUUCAACUUUUAUAUAAAGUAUUUAUAUCUCAUUGGAAUCGUUUGUAUCUUAAUAUUGUCAAUAAUCAACAAUGAGUCACAUAGAUUUGGACAAGCCUCGUUAUGAUCAGAGUACGUACAUGGGUAGGGCGAAACAUUUCCUUCUGCUAACAAAUCCCAUGAACGUUUUCGCAAGCAACAAAGAUCUUGAGGAUGCUAGGAAGAUUGUCACUGAGUUCAGGAAGAGUCGUAGGAUGCCAGCCGGCUACGACGAGGACAAAUUGUGGGCUACCAAGUAUUUGUAUGAUAGCGCCUUCCAUCCGGACACGGGGGAGAAGAUGAUCGCCAUCGGACGGAUGUCGGCUCAGGCUCCAAUGAACACAAUCAUCACAGGAUGCAUGAUAACCUUUUAUAAGACAACAGCGGCGACCGUCUUUUGGCAGUGGGUCAAUCAGACGUUUAAUGCCCUCGUAAACUAUACCAACAGAGGGGGCGACGCUCCCUUACCGACAUCCCAGUUAUUGGCGUCGUAUUGUGCCGCGUGUGGCGGGGCGUUGUCUACUGCACUUUUUCUCAACAGCAAGGUUAAGAACCUGCCACCGAUUUAUGCUUCCCUGGUACCUUUCGCCGCGGUUUGCGGCGCUAACUUCAUAAACAUACCUAUGAUGAGGAGCGGUGAACUGUUGAAUGGUACGCCGGUGUUCACGGCGGACGGUACUCGCAUCGGAAACUCUAAGAGGGCUGCCAAAUAUGGAAUCGGACUCGUCUGCAUCUCGAGGGUCUUGAUGGCUUUACCAGGAAUGACGUUGACUCCUAUCAUAACGAACAUAGCCACGCGGCGCGGCUUGUUCUGCCGGCGACCCAUGAUGGUGAUACCAUUCCAGCUGUUUCUGGUCGGUCUGUGCGUCACCUUCGCCACGCCGCUGUGCUGCGCCAUCUUCGAGCAGAAGGCGUCCAUAUCGGUGGACAACCUGGAUCCAGAGCUCAGGGAUAGUGUCAGGAAGAACUACCCAAAAAUAAAAGAAGUCUACUUUAAUAAGGGUCUAUGAAGCGGUUCAAUUGAUGGUUCGACAACAGAGAUACCUCCGCACUACCUGUAGAAUGUUCUUCUGUCAAUUCCUUUUAGAUGCAUUUUUGGCUUUUUACUAGAACAAACAUUCCCAUAUGUGAUUUUCUAUUUACUGAUCUGAUUAUUUGAAGCUUACAUAUUUGUUACAUUAACUUUGAUAUAUAUAUAUAUGUUGUUUUGAAUAUUUUGUUUGUUAUUAUACAUUGUUCGGAUAAGUUAUGGCUCAAAUUAUUUAAGAAAUGUGCUGGCAAUAUAAUUAUAAUAAAGUUUAUGUGAACUGGACAAUAAUAUGAUCAGUUAAUUUAUUUAUUUGGAUUGUAAACUAAAUAUUAUAAACGUUCGCAAUAAAAUAUGUUGUUAAAAAAAUUA